GUUUGCGUUUAGUCGUGACCGAGCUUAACUAUUACGAGGUACUCGCUCACCGUUAGCUAUAUUACUAUUUAACUAAUGUAACCGACACCACAUAUGCGUGCUCGUAGUUUUUUAUACUCAUUUUUUUUUUUUUAAUUCCCCGUUGAAUCUUGUGUCCAAGUUAACACAAACAUUAAUUAAUUUCACGGUGCGGUCGUAUUUCUGUAUAUGUUUAUAUAAUAAGCGUUAUAAGUACAUAUAGUUACUAGCGCACAACAACGCGUCAAUGAUUUCAUAGAAAAUUACACGAUCCAACUUAAAUCAAAUUUAAAACCAAUUUAACUUGACGAUACAUGACUAUUCACAAUUAAUUAUUGUGAUUUAUGCAUCAAUUUCAUACGCAGUUGAACAUAAAGUACCGUACAAUCGAACAGUUUUCAGGUAUGGACGUGAUGUGAAAUAUCAAAAGACAUUAUUUUUGUUCAAUAGAUCCUAACCCAUACCGCGGGAGCGUAAAAAUGACAUUGCGACGUCACUUGACGUUAGCCAUAUGUCUCGCUCUAUUUUGUAUGAUAGAAUGGGCGAGUGGUUCAAAGUUGAGGAAACAGCGGGAGACAACAAUAAUGAAGUUUGUCAAGUUACUAUUCUAUAGGCUGAUUUACGGUUUCGCCAAUAUGAUCGGCAUGGGAGAAGUGGCUGAAGAAUUCGGUGACGGAGUGCUUGCUCCUCCGGACAGCGAUUAUCGACAAGAAGAUGCAGAGGACGACUAUUACAACGAUAAUAAGAACGAUGAUUAUUUCAAUUACGAAGAAUAUUGAUAUUAAAAUCAAAGCGAAUCCUGCUUAUAAUAUUUAUUAAAUAUUAAUUAGUUUCUAAUUAAUAAUAAUAUUAUUAAACUUUAUUCCAACUAAGUUUAUUCACUUUUGCGUAUUCCUAUUGAGCCCACAAUCAUACAAAUUAUGUGAUAAUACACCUCAUUAUACCCAAAGUUUAUAGAUAAUAUUAUUUAUAAACUUUGCAUUAUACCUUGUAGCUUGUCGCUUACAGUGUUAACUUAAAUAGAGUACAAUAAGUCGCUAUAUCAUUUGAAUUAUCCUGCUUUGCCCAAAUAAUAAGCAAUAAUUAUUUAUUUGCAUAUUUUUACUGUCUUAUUAAAAUUAACAUAUUAAAUGCUAUUGAGCAAUGGGUUGUCUAUUGUGUUUAUUAUCUACAUUAUGAACAUAUAGAUCACAAUUUUACAUAUCCGUAUGUAAUGUCUCUGUCUUAUAAACGUAUACCGUGGAAAAAUUUACUUUCAUAACAAACCAGUUUACUCUGCUAUUUUAAAAUUAGAAUGAAUCGACCUAUAGGUACAAAAUUAAAGGUAAAAUUGUUAUCUAGGCCUUUAUUUAUAAAUAACAAAGCAAGUUAUAAUCAUUUCAAACUUUAAUUUUUAUUUUGUAAAUUUUAAAUUUAUUAUAACCUACAUUUUAAAAUUGAAAUAUCAAUAAAAUCCUCUGAAAUUAUUGGAUGCAUAAUCUUACCAUAAAUUUUAUGAUAGAUCAAU